CGGCGAAUAUCCUCCGCCCAAUUCACCGCAAACCUACCGCCUGCUCGUCGAGAAACUUCUUGCCGACACGGGAAUCGCAGAGAGUCAUAGGUAGCAGAGAGAGGCCACGGCAUCUCGUCACUCACUGGGCCCGGCAACGCCGAAUUCGACUGGGCUGGGUCGGAUACCGUCAACCGGACCAGGCCUAAAAUGGCACAUCCCAGAUUCGAAGAUCUCGCCCUGCAGUAUGUUCUCGCCGAUGAGCCCAGCCGGGAACUGGCUAUAGCCGAGAAAGCCGCCACAGCAAUCGAAGAAUCCACAAAUAGCCGAAUCGCUGUAGGCCAGUGGGUGGCUUCUAUCAACCGUUGGAUUCAACCAAGCGACGACCCAGGCGAUGACAACCUUAUCUCUCGCGCCAAGGCCCUGGAGUUCCUGGCCAGCACUCUCGGCGUCCUCGAGAAGAGGGAAUCCUCCUUGAAAGCCGACCAAAUCGCCCUCCUCGUCACUUUCUUCGGCUCCCUCUUCUCGAGCGACCACCGCGGCGGUAUCACGGCUUCAGCUGGGGCCCUGAGGCACCUGGUUAGCAUGAAGUCCUUCCAGCCGACUUCGGCGACAGACAUAAUUGCGAAUGUAUGCAAGCUAGGGGACGACUUCAAGUUGCAGACGCCCGCCACGCGGCUCGAGGUCUACCAGCUAUUCCUCGGCCUCCUCCGCGACCCUGCGGUGGCCAACGAUCUGGAAUAUCGGCAUGGCAGCGCUUGCGGAUUCAUAGCCAAUGUGCUAGAUCUGUGCAAAAAUGAGAGAGACCCGCAAAAUCUUCUCAAGUGGUUUGAAACUCUCCAGAUCUUUCUGCAAAGCUUCUCCCCUUCCGCAGACGUCACAUCAGAAGUCUUUAAGACCUUUUCCGCCUAUUUCCCCAUCUCCCUCCGAGCCUCGGCCACGCCGUCAGGCAUCACGGCCGAGGACCUCAAGAGUGCCGUGCGCUCGUGUUUCUCCGCCCAUUAUCGCCUCGCCGGUCACGCGAUACCGUAUCUGCUGAAUAAGCUCGAUCAAGGAGAGGCUGUGUCUGUUUCCGUCAAGGUUGACAUCUUACAGACACUUGACGCUUGCUUGGUGCAGUACGAGCAUCCCCAGCAAAGCGUCGUCCCGUUCGUCAACCAGAUAUGGGGCUCGCUCAAGUACGAGGUCCGCAACGGUGAGGUCACGGACACCAUCAAAGCCACCUUGAAGGUGAUAGGGUCUCUGACCAAGCGGCUGGACGAUGCUGAACUUCUCUCGUUCCUCUCUAACGCCUGGGGAGAUUUGGUCGAGGACAUAUCUAAUGCGACAUAUACCGCCCAAGCUGGUCGUCUGUUAAUUGCAAUCGCCGGAGCCAGCGCUCGGUCGUUCGCUGCCCUCACUCCUAAAGUUUUAUCCCAUAUCAAAGCCACAGUUAAACAGACCCAGUCAACAUCGCACAAGCGAGACCUUAUCACCUUAUUGAAUUCAAUUCUCAUCGUACGAUCCCAUCUAAUUGACAAUUUGGAGAACGAUGCGAGUUCUGAAAGGGAGUUGGCCCCCCUGAAAGACGAACUCUUCGGCGAUACCCUCUUUUUCGAAUUCUACCUCCCUAUGUGGGAGGAGAGCUCAGAUGGCCGAGCGGCUACGGAACGAGUUGGGGCACUAAAGAAAGUUAUGGAAGGACUUGCUGUUCUCGUGGGCCAACGUUCCAGCGUGCCCGAUUCUUCUCACCAACUAUGUUCGGUGGCAACCUGCGAGAAGAUCUUCAGCUGGCUCGCAGGGCCGUCCGUUAUCCGCCCCUUACAAGGCAAUCGGUCCGUUGGGUCAGUCGCUAACAACGAUACGGCCCAAGACAUUCGAGAUGCCGCAGUAGCAGCGUUAAGGGAUGCCGUGCCCCUAUACCCUCCUGCAUUUCAACUCCUGCUCCAACAGUACCUUUUGUCAAUUAAGGCGGCGUAUCAAGAACAGGUUGCAGCACACGACCUCCCUCUAGAGAUUAAACUUGUGGCGGUAGCUUUAUGUGAGAUUGGUUGCUCAAAUACCCCGGAUCCGAACCGGGCUGUUGCGUUGUCGAAUCCGAUAUCCCUAAUCAGCGUCUUGUUGAAGGGUCUACUGUGGAUGCUCUCGGAAAAGGCGCCGCCGCGGUACUGGACAGCGUUUAUCUGUUCGAUUCAUUAUUCUGUUCUACAACUUUUAUCCCCUCGGUCGAGCAAGCACCCCAGCUCCCAACAUACUAAUUCGCAACACCUCAUCACCAAGGAGUGGCUUAUACAGUGCACUAAACAACUGGAAGAGGCCGGGUCCCCCCAACCUGAUUUAGAUAGUGCCGUGAAUCCUAACUUGACAGUUAAAACACCCGGAAAUCUGGAUACAGGCGGAAUUGGUGUUUACCAACAACUUUUAGCAUAUUCGUUCUUGGUCGUGAGACAGCUAUAUCGUCGUUUUACCACAGUCCACUCUCAAGCCGAUGGGCUUAAUGAUGGUCAACCGCGGGUCGGAUUGAGCCAAGAUUUCGAGCAAGGGCGUGAUCUCGUCAUCGAACAGGAUAUAUGCCUCCAUCAACUGGGCCUUCUAGCUGCGUCCGUUGUUCGAGCGUUAAGCCAGGAGGAGCAGAAAGCCUUAGGGCUGGGCACCGAUAUGUUCACUCUCUUCCACAACUCUGAUCUCGAUGGUAUUUAUACUCAGGGAGAACUCAUCCCUGCAAUAUUUAAUGUCAGCUCUCUGGAUAAUUUCCGCACAGCGCCGCUCUCCAUGGGUAUAUUACAGGGUCUCUAUCCUGGGGUGAUGGAUUCACAGCAUCAUAUCGCGGCUUUAAACAAUCUUUGCGCUGUUCUCACAUCAACCCCGGCGCCCUAUUCCGAUACCACAAGAGCUGCGUUGGACAUCAUACUGACAACGCUGUCAAAUAAAUUGCGUACUCGAGAUGGCGAACAUGGCGAGAAGUAUCUACAACUUCAAUAUGAUCUAAUCGAUACCUUAACCACGACCUGGGACAUGCCUUCAGUGCCCGGCCAAGAUUUCUCCACGACGAUUCGCGUUUUCCGUAGCGUCCUCCACUUCUUGGCUGGCGAUGUGGCGCGAUUCCAGUCCAGCCCUAGCAACCGGAACCCGCUCCUCAAGAUGAUAUGCGACAGGGCCCCCUCGCAACCAGUGAUCGGCCGACAGCUGGCGCGGAGCUUCGAGGUUCUCGCGAGCCCGAAGGAGUGUCUCGACAAGGAGAACCACGCGAUCCGGAAGCCGCUGAGCGGCGAGUGGCUGUACUUCACAGCUGUGCGGCCGUACCUGAAGGACUGCUUCCCGAGUCCGGGAGGCGGCGGCGACAUCGACGCGGCCGUGGCCACCAACCGUACUGCGGCUACGUUUGCGAUCCUCAAGCACCUCACGUAUGAGCAGUACGCAAGCGACGUCGGGGAGGUCGUCCGCGUCGCGAUCCGGGCGCUCUCCACGUCCGAGAGAGACGGCGACGCUGCCGCCGAGACGGCCGCCUGCCUUGGCGUGUUGCUGCGGGUCCUGGAACACGAGCCCGCCGCUCUCCGUGAGCACCUCGCCGGCCUCAUCACCGGCGCGGCCACGGCGUACGAGCGGGCGGUAGCAGGCGAGGUAGCCGCCGGGGCGAGGGAUCGCAUCCUCUGCCGCAAGUUCGCGCUCGAGUUCCUCUGCCGGCUGCCGCCGUCGUACGCGGCACAGCACCUCGUGCCGCACCGCCGCCAGCUCCUGCGCCCCUUGUCGGUCGCGUGCGGCGACCCGGUCCGCGAGAUACGGCGCGUGGCGCUGGCGGCGAGGAGGGCGUGGGAGGGACUGGGCUAAGUAGCAGAGCGCGCGCGUGUAGGUGCGGAUAUAUAUGUAGCAUUACUUAUGCGUGUCGCUUUCUUGCUAGUCGUGGCGCUCCGAAACGAGGCACCGGACAAGCAAAACCAAAAGAGUACCCUCUCUCCGCGCUGGCUCGCGUGCUAACGCAGUCGCUGGGUUCUGGAGGGAUCUAUAAGUGUGUAACAUAAGUACAAGUAACAUUUGUUCCUGUACACAACACCAUUUAGUGCGGUGGGCUGCGCGACAGUAUGUUUCGGUCGUCGCCGUGCGAGGGUAGAUGGUGCCGACCGCAACUCGGGCCAGGUGACCUUGGCACCGUGGACCUAACAGGUGGUACAGCGGUCGUGGCAUGCGGGCCAUUCUAGGAUAGGCCCGAGGAACAGAGGACACGAUGUGAUGAAACCAGACAAGACAGGAAUAUAGAUUCGUCUGAUAUAUAGGUAGCCAGUGGUAUCAUCAUGUCAUUAUCUCAGUGGCGCCAUUUUCCCUCCCCCUCUCUUUUCUGCUUUUUUUUUUCUACACGGACCGCUGUUAGACCUUAUCCCGUCCCAUCCACGGCUCUCGCAGCGACACGACUCGUGUGCCGCCGCGGAGACAGGCGAGGCCCCACCCCCUC